ACGGCCGACUCCGGGGACAGUCGGUGGAAACGUGGGGCGCGGGGAGGGCGCGGGGAGGGCGCGGGCCCGCCCGCUCCAACCAUCCCGGCCGUUGCGCAACUCAGGGCGUUUGCAAAAACCACGUCUGGGAGGACUUGGCCGCAACGCGGCGAACGGGCGCGCUCGGGGAGUGUGGGCGGCGGCGAAUGAAUGAGCGAGUGAACGAAUGCACGCCCGCGAGAGCGCGGGGUGACCGCGUGGUUGCGUGCGCGCCUCCCGGGGCGCCGCGGUAGAGGUAGAGCGCCUGCGCUCGGCGGCGGGCCGGCACUUUGCAGCCGCUCCCUAAGCCGGGCCCCGCCUCCGCUCCCCGUCUCUGGCCGCCGUGGCGCGGUGCCACUGCGCAGGCGCAAGAGCGGCCGGGGGUGGGGUGGGGCGUGACCAGGCCGCGUCCGCGCGCGCGCGCGCACAGGAUUCCUGCGCUGGAGGCCGCCUCUGACGCCACCGGCUGGGCUCCGCCAUGAGUUCGGCGCCGGCCUCAGGCUCGAUGCGCGCGCGCUAUCUUGUGUACUUCCAGUACGUGGGCACCGACUUUAACGGGGUCGCGGCCGUCAGGGGCACUCAGCGCGCCGUCGGGGUCCAGAACUACCUGGAGGAGGCCGCUGAGCGGCUGAAUUCCGUGGAGCCGGUCAGGUUCACCAUCUCCAGCCGCACGGACGCCGGGGUCCACGCCCUGAGCAACGCGGCGCACCUGGACGUCCAGCGCCGCUCAGGCCGGCCGCCCUUCCCGCCCGAGGUCCUGGCCGAGGCCCUCAACACACACCUGCGGCACCCGGCCAUCAGGGUCCUGCGGGCCUUCCGAGUGCCCAGCGACUUCCACGCUCGUCACGCAGCCACGUCCCGGACCUACCUGUACCGUCUGGCCACUGGCUGUCACCGGCGUGAUGAGCUGCCAGUGUUUGAACGCAACCUAUGCUGGGCUCUCCCGGCAGACUGCCUGGAUGUGGUCGCCAUGCAGGAAGCCGCCCAGCACCUCCUCGGCACACACGACUUCAGCGCCUUCCAGUCCGCUGGCAGCCCGGUGCCGAGCCCCGUGCGAACGCUGCGCCGGGUCUCCGUUUCCCCAGGCCAAGCCAGCCCCUUAGUCACCCCCGAGGAGAGCAGGAAGCUACAGUUCUGCAACCUGGAGUUUGAGAGCCAGUCCUUCCUGUAUAGACAGGUACGGAGGAUGACAGCUGUGCUGGUGGCCGUGGGGCUGGGGACUUUGGCACCUGCCCAGGUGAAGACGAUUCUGGAGAGCCAAGAUCCCCUGGGCAAGCACCAGACACGUGUAGCCCCAGCCCACGGCUUAUUCCUCAAGUCAGUGCUGUAUGGGAACCUCGGUGCUGCCUCCUGCACCCUGCAGGGGCCACAGUUCGGGAGCCAUGGAUGACCCUGGACACUCAGCCAAAGUUAGGCCACACCAGGCCCAACCCUGUGCUGGUCAAGCCAGGGCAGUCACAGCUGCUUGGGGCCCACAGCACUGCUGCCUGGUCUCCACAGUAGCCUCCCUGCCCGGGUCCCAGCACCCUGGAUGCCCGUCUCUGUCCCAGGCGGGAUGGGGCACAGUGCAGGACACAGCCAUGUACACCAAGAAGAGGGUACCCAGUAGUCUUUUGUUCAGCUUUUACUGGAAACUGCUGUCUAGGACCACCUGCCCUAACCAGGAAUAAAGGCAAGACAGCCUGGA